AUGUGGCUUUGCAUCCUGCUUGGUGCUCUCAUGGGCCGUGUCUCUGGGGCCCUUUCUGGACCAAUAGGCUGGCGGUUGCCAGGGGAGACGCCUCGCUUCGAGCGAGCCGGGGAUGUGGUGAUCGGGGGCAGCUUCUCCAUCUUGUUCUUCUACAACGUUACCCUGUUUGACUUCACGUUCCCGCCAGCUGGGCUGCCACCUUCUGGCGUUUCUCCAUGGGGCUACCGGGUGGCCCAGAGUUUUGUCUUUGCCGUGGAGGAGAUCAAUAGGAGCCCCAAGCUGCUGCCCAACCUGACGCUGGGCUUCUCCAUCCGCAACUCUGGGGACUCGGUGCGCGGCGCCCUGCGUGAGACGAUGGGCUUUCUCACGGGGCAGGAGGAGCCCCUCCCCAACUACUCGUGUCAUCUUGGUCCUCCUCGGGCUGCCAUGGUCGGGGACACGCGGUCAGCCCUGUCUGUGUCCAUGGCCAGGCUUCUGGGGCUGUACAAGUUUCCCCAGGUCAGUUACUCGUCCACGCUGCCCAGCCUCAGCGACAAGACCCAGUUCCCAUCCUUCCUUCGGACCCUGGCUAGUGACCUCACAUCCUCCCACGCGCUGACCCAGCUGGUGCUGCACUUUCAGUGGUCGUGGGUGGGCAUUCUGUCCCAGGAUGACGACUUUGGGCAGCAGGCCAGCUCCCUGAUCUCCCAGGAGCUGAGCCAGGCUGGUGUCUGCAUUGAGUUCCACCUCCAGGUUCCUUCCCAGGAGUCUUCGGAGAAGACUGAAGCUAUUGUUCAAAAGAUGCUGAGAUGCACCGCUAAGGUGGUUCUGGUCUUCCUGAGCAACUCGAACUUCCAGCUCAUCCUGUACCGUUUGCGGGACCUCCGUGUCGCAGGUCAGGUGUGGGUCAGCAAGGGUGCGCUGCACAUGGCUCUUGCCCUGACCAUUCCAGGCGUCUCCCAGGUCCUGCAAGGCUCAUUUGGCCUCUUAUAUCACAGCAGCCAGGCACGUGGGUUCCCUGAGUAUCUCGCUCAACUGCGCCCCAGCCGGACCCCAGAGGACAUGUUCAUGGAGAGCUUCUGGGAGUCCACCUUUGGGUGCACGUGGCCCCACAGGAACAGCACAGUGACGGGGGGUGUCAAGUUCUGCUCAGGGAAUGAGAGUCUGAGAGAGCGGGAGUUCCCUUUCCAGGAAGUGAGUAAAAUCGAUGCUGCGUACACAGCUGUCCACAGCAUCGCCCAUGCCCUGCAGGACCUGAUCGCCUGUGAGCGCGGGGACGGGGCGUGCGCAGACCCUCAGCGCUUCCAGCCCUGGCAGAUCAAUAGGAGCCCCCAGCUGCUGCCCAACCUGACGCUGGGCUUCUCCAUCCGCAACUCUGGGGACUCGGUGCGCGGCGCCCUGCGUGGGACGAUGGGCUUUCUCAUGGGGCAGGAGGAGCCCGUCCCCAACUACACAUGUCAUCCUGGUCCUCCUCGGGCUGCCAUGGUCGGGGACACGCGGUCAGCCCUGUCUGUGUCCAUGGCCAGGCUUCUGGGGCUGUACAAGUUUCCCCAGGAAGGAGACACCCCUGGACCUGUGAGCUACCACUUCCAUCACCCUUACCCCAAGUAA